CCUCCCGCGCUCGCGUGUGCAUCCUUCACAUUCAUGAAGACUCACCUGUGAGGAUGAGCAUGUGUCUUCUCUGGCUCGGCCUGCUCCACAUCAGCCUAAGCGCACUGUGGCAAGCGGCCAACAUACAGGCAGCAGUGACCAUUGAUCAGGUGACACUGACUGUGCUUCCUGCUAAUAAUGUGGAGAGUGGCACUAACGUGAUCUUGCGUUGCGAGGCCAGUGUCAGUCAGAGCCUCCCCCAGCCGCUGACAUACUCCUUCAGCCUCCUGCAGGACAGUCAGGUGAUGUACUCCAAAAAUAGCAGUGCCUCAGUGGUGGAGCGCAGUUUAUCUCCAGCCAGGGUGUCCAACUCUGGUCGCUACCAGUGCAGUGUCCACAUCUACAACAAGCACAAGAUGAGUAACAUUCUGUCAUUAAGAGUCACAGGCCUUCAAAUCCCUGUGCUGAAGGUGAUGUCUGACAUCGUGUCUGAGGGGGAAGACAUUAUUGCCACAUGCAGUGCACCAGAGGAGACAGGCAGUCUGAUGUUCUACUUCUACGAGGAUGAUCAGGAGGUCAAGAGAGUCGUUAGUACCAGCAACUCUGUGACAACCACUCUGACCAUGCAGAAGCUCACAGACAUCUACCUGCAUUGUGACUAUAUGGUUAUGAAGCAAUGCAGCGCAGGACACUCCAACAAAAGCAACAUGGUGAAAGUUAUUGUACAAGAUCUUGAUGCGAUCACCCCACAAAUAAGCAUCUCCCCCAAAGUGAAUGUUGUUGAGGGUGACAGGGUGCAGAUCACAUGUAAGGUGCAACUUAACUCAGAUCUUGAGUUGUACCUCACCAAAGGCAACACCCUUCUUCGUGAAUCUCAUACAACCUUCACAUACAGCCUCGUAGUAAGAGCUGAGGAUUCAGGGGUCUAUGUGUAUAAAGCAGAGAAAGGCAGCGUGCAAAAGAAGGCAGUCUAUCUGCUAAAUGUUGCAGAACUGUUCUCAAAGCCAAUUUUGAAAAUGAGCCCAGACCAGCUUUUUGAAGGAGAACGCUUCACUCUGACCUGCAGCAGUACUGUAAUCUCCUCAGUGAAGAUCGGAAAAGCAGACAUAAAGUAUGUUUUGCUGAAAGAUGGCCGACGCAUUGCAGCAGUUGCCAAAUACGAUGACACUGCAAGCCUGGCCACCAAUGGGAACUACUACUGUAUGGCCAUGGCUAAAGAAGUUAACAAGACCAGCUUACCAUUUAUUUUAAAGGCUAAAGUGCCUGUUUCUGCCCCAGUCCUUCGUGCUGUUAAUAAGGUGAUUGUUGGUAAACCAUUCAGAGUUUCAUGUGAGUCUGAAAAUGGAACGUUUCCAAUAACCUACACCUUACUGAAGACCAGCGUUCCAGUGGAUUACAGGACAGUGGUUGAGGCAGCUGACAGGGCGAUCUUUAAUAUAACCUCCAUCAGUUUCCCUGAAGAGAUCUACAGCUUCAUAUGUCAGGCGUCUAACCAUGUGCCAUCAUUCAGUAACACCAGUGAGCCCCUUAGAGCACCAGUCAUAGGUAAGAGGACCCCAGACAUUGGAUUGGACACCUCUGGGUUAUGGAAAUGCCUUACAGGAACUCCCUUUGUGAUGGGCAGGAAUGUCUGGAGUGAAAAUGUAUCUGGCUCAGAUUCUGAUGAUCAUACUGAUGAAGACUCUGAGCUGGUUCACCCACAGGAAGUCAAUCCUAGAGGAGAUGUUCCCGUGAAGAAACCCACAGAGACCGAAUACAGUGUCCAGCACACAGAGGUCCAGGUAUCCACACCAGGAGUUUCGGAACAGGCUGAGGGCUGUGCUCUGGAAUAUGCACAACUCAACAACAGUGAACAAGAACCUGCAUGAGUCUCGACACUUUACACCUAAUUUAUUCAGCUUCUCCACCACCAGAAGCUGAUUUUCAAUCAUGAUGUGCUGACUUUGAAUAUUGUACUUUUGAUUAUUAACAUUACUUUGUGACUUGGAUUUGUUACAUGAGUAAAAUUUGUUAUGAUGUUUGUAUAUCAGAGAUUAAAAUGU